UGUUGACAACUCCCGACGCGAAGCCGCAGAAACUCUCUCCAUUCCUGACGCUCUCACCACGGUUGUACAUUUUCUCCAGCAUUGAGUCUGUACAUGCUUCUCUGUCUCCGACCAUACCUCCUGAUACCCUGAGUCGUCGAUCCCAGGCCGUGGGGCCGUCUCAACUACUUGCGCCUCGACCUCCCGACCUCCCGACCCCCCGAUCUCCCUCUUUCACAUCCUCUCCCCGCAAUGGCUGAGGCUACUCUUCACAACGUGCCGAUUGUCAUUGACAAUGGCAGCGGUACCAUUCGAGCUGGAUUCGCAGGCGAAGAAAUCCCGUCAUGUUACUUCCCGUCGUUUGUCGGUCGCCCAAAACACCCACGGGUCAUGGCCGGUGGUCUGGAAGGCGAUUCAUUCAUCGGCCAGCGCGCGCAGGACCUCCGCGGUCUACUAAAGAUCCGGUAUCCGCUUGAGCAUGGAAUCGUUACAAAUUGGGAGGAUAUGGAGUCGAUUUGGCACUACGUCUACGAGAACGAGCUCAAGACCCUCCCCGAAGAGCACCCCGUGCUGCUCACCGAACCGCCGUUGAACCCUCGCGCCAACCGCGAUAUGGCCGCCCAGCUCAUGUUUGAGGCUUUCAAUGUACCGGCUCUGUACAUGUCGAUCCAGGCUGUGCUGUCUUUGUACGCAUCUGGGCGCACGACGGGUGUGGUCUUGGAUUCCGGAGAUGGUGUCUCCCACGCGGUGCCGGUAUUCGAAGGUUUCGCUAUCCCCAACAGUAUUCGGAGAAUCGACGUGGCCGGUCGCGAUGUUACAGAACAGAUGCAAUUGCUUUUGCGGAAAGCUGGUCAUGUUCUGCACACCAGUGCUGAGAAGGAGGUCGUCCGGAUGAUCAAGGAGAAGGUCUGCUACGUGUCGCUGGACCCCAAGCGCGAAGAGAAGGAGUGGAUGAACAGCUAUCACAAGUCGGAUGCCAAGGCAAUCGACUAUACGCUACCUGACGGGCACAAGAUCAAGAUUGGUCAAGAACGUUAUCGCGCCCCUGAAAUCCUCUUCGACCCUGAACUGAUCGGCCUCGAAUACCCCGGUGUCCACCAGAUCGUUCAAGAUGCCAUUACUCGUACCGACCUGGACCUGCGCAAAUCCUUAUACCUCAAUAUUGUCCUCUCUGGUGGCUCGACGCUGUGCAAGAACUUCCCCGAUCGCCUCAUGCGUGAAAUCAAACGACUUGCCGUCGAGGACAUGAAGAUUCGAAUCUCUGCACCCGCUGAGCGCAAAUACACAACGUGGAUCGGUGGUAGCAUUCUUGCUGGUCUGAGCACCUUCAGAAAGAUGUGGGUGAGCGCGGACGAGUGGCAUGAGGACCCUGAGAUCAUCUUCAAGCGAUUCGCAUAAUUAGCCUACCUUUCGAUUACGGCCGAACGGGGACAAAACCCGUUCAUUUGCCCUUGUUCCUGGUGCACUCCCUGCCCUCGGUGCCACCUGAGAUGACCACAACGCCAUUGCAGAUGUGGAAACCGUCGAAAUUCCUCAUCCUCCAUCUACCUUUCAGUAAGUAUGGGGAAGAAAAUUCUCAGAAUAAACCAACGACUGUCUAGCAAUGCUUUCAUUCCUGGAAUGGGCAGCGCAGCGUGGAAACCCGAGUGAUCAGUGUUCACUUCGUCCCUUAUUGAGUCCGAGUCGUGCGUGCGACUUUUGAUACCCCUUGCCCCAUCAUCACAUCUCUCCAAUCUCCUUGGCCCAUAUCUUGUUUAUGUGAUAUGCCAUUUUGGCUCCCAUGUUGGCGAGCCUGCCGAUCUGUGCAAAUACAAUUGUGUUCUUCUUGUGUCUAUUUGGAGUUUAGUGUUUUGAAGGAGUGGGUUGUAUACGGUGGGCUCUACCUACUUUUGAAAAUGAGGUAUUUCUCAAUGAACCUUGGAUCCAUACAUAUGUUCCAGCUUGCCGUGGUAUUCAUGAUUCUCGUUCUUUUUUGGCGACCCGAUUCUUCGUAUUGAUGCGCCGUCAGCUCGACUCUGCAGCUUUAGCUUGUUACCCUGCACCAAUGAGGA